CUUUUCAAAGUCAUAGAAUGCUUUCGUAUUAUUCGCAUUCUUGUUUUCUCCAGAACCUUAAAACUGUUCGUAGUGAUAUCAAUAUCGAAACCCUUAAAUGGCACUAAUGUUGAAUAUGAAGAAUAAUUCUGUGUGAACAAUGAAAAAUAUAUGUCAGUGAAAAAGUGAUCAAUUGAACAGUAAAAAUGUUGAAUCAGGCAGUUGUUGAGGCACUUUACUCGGCCACGUACAUCGAGAAUUACCUGGACUGCGUUGAAAAUCUUCCAAACGACGUUCAAAGAUAUGUGUCCCGUUUACGUGAACUAGAUGCCACAUGUCAAACAUAUCUAAGAGAUGUCGAUCAACAGCAGGAGCUCCUUAAAAUUGACACCGAUGUGACGCUACGUCGACGAGCAUUGUUAAGGGUCCAGCAGUCACUCAUAGCAGCUCAGGAAAUCGGCGAUGAGAAGCUACAAAUUGUACAACAGAUUCAGGAUCUUAUCGAGAAUAAAACUCGUCAACUGGAUAUGGAUUAUCGUAAUUUAGAUGUCGGCAAAGAGCAAGAGAACAACGACACAAAUCGUGAAUCUACAGCAACCACCAACUCCACAACGACAAGCAACACAAACAACGUGGACCGUCAGCCAAAACGGGCGAGAAGAACUCGCACAGACAAUCUUGCAGACUCGAGUGCAAUUGACAUGAUGGUAAUGUCGGAGAAUCGUUCAACAGGUUUAGCCAAUACUAGCAAUGGAAAUCAGAAGAAAACGACAGCAGCAGCAGCUGGCAAAAAGAAGAAACGAAAGUCUCGACAGGGUACACAGCAGAAUCAGCAACGAGAAGACACACCACCUCCCAUUGACGAUGACAUUCAGGUGGAUCCAGAUGAGCCGACUUAUUGCCUGUGCGAUCAAAUAUCCUACGGCGAAAUGAUUCUCUGUGACAACGAUCUCUGCCCUAUCGAGUGGUUCCACUUCUCUUGUGUCUCCUUAAGUACAAAGCCGAAGGGCAAGUGGUUCUGCCCAAAAUGCCGAGGUGACAGACCAAACGUUAUGAAACCCAAGGCCCAAUUUUUGAAGGAAUUGGAACGUUAUAAUAAGGAGAAGGAGGAAAAAUCGUAGCAGUGACAGAUACGUUAAUGAAUUGUGGAUAAAUAAAUAAAAUAAGGUCUGAAGGGAGUAUCGAGUGUUAGCCAUCUUUAUGAUAUAAAAUAUAUCAUAACUCCCAUCGGAUUUUACAUCAUUUUUUGUGACUCCAAGAUCAGCGGUAAUUGAAUAACCUUUGGAGAUCAUUAAAUCAUCAUAAUAAAAUUUAAUGGAUUGAUAAAAUAACUGGUCAUUCAUAUACAUUCUAUAAUUUCGAUACUGAGCGAUGAAUAGACUUAUAUUACAAAAUUCAUUUCUGAAGCCAAAUAAAUUCUCUUGAAAACAAAUUUUUCAAUUCAAGAAUUUCAGUGAAUUUUGUCGAGUAGAUAUAUCUUGAAAUCUCUCAGUGAAUGACCGGAAAAAUUACAAUGAUGUAGUUGUCUCACAGCCUCACUGUGGCAGUAUUAUUUAACAUUUUUCAAUGGUACAUGCGGCGAGUUCAAGGAGGAGGAUGUCAUGUGACAUUCAAAAUAUCCCGAUUGUAAAUAAGCAUUACAUGUAUUUUAACAGAUUGAUAAAUUGAUUAACAUGCUAGCGUUUUUUUAAAGUAAUUCAAUAAAGAUGUUGAUUUAAUUUCCUAAUGAAA